AUGAAGAACAAUUUAGAACUCAACGAAGGAGCAAGUGUGUCGAAUCCGUUCGUCACAAGUGGUUUGACGAGGUCUCCGCCUCAGCAGCCCAAAAAGGCGGAAGAACAGCGCCAGGCGGUUAUACCAACGCAAGUAAGCAAACAAGCUAUACAAGCAGCAAAGAACUGGGCAGAAGAGCUCCACGAGUUCGUCGACAAGAAGCAUAAUGUGCAUAAGGACAUCAAAGAGCUGGUGUUGAAGAUCCGGAGGGCUCUUGGGUCGGCCAUGACGGAGUGGCACAACCUAACGCAAAGAGCAGAAAAAGCUGAGAGAGAAUUGACUGAUGCAAAACACACCCUUGCAUCAGCGGCGCUGCAAAAGGACACACCCGGACUGAUUCCGGAAGAGCCCAACAAGAGCAGAAAAGAGAAGCUAGUGCAACCGGAAAACACACCGGCAUCCGUGCCUAAGAGGCAUUGGUCCUCGCCCGGAGACGAAAGACCAGGAGGCUCCAAAAAACAAAGAGACGGUCUACUCAAACGCAUGGCUGUCGCAGAGCCGGAAGAGACCGGUGAUAGCAACAGAAGGUCACCCUGGCAGGUGGUCCAAAAGAAGACAAAAAAGAAUCGGAUCAAUGCGAGCGAAAGACAAAAUGUCAUCAAAAGAAGCGUGAAAAAGAAAGGCGAGGCGCUUCUAGUGAAGACUAGCGAGGAAGGAUAUCUGGAGGUCCUGCGGACCAUUAGGACAGCUCCAGAACUGAAGGACUUCGGUGCCGACGUACAAAAAAUCCGGCACACACGGGCGGGUGACAUGAUCUUCGAGUUGAAAAAAGACUCGAAGAACAAGAGCUCAUCAUAUAAGGAGCUAACAGAGAGGGUAGUGGGAGAUAAAGCGCAAGUGAGAGCUAUGGCGCCUGAAGUGAACCUCCAAUGCGUGGAUCUGGAUGAGAUUACAACGGCAGACGAUGUAAUUACCGCAAUGAAGGAGCAAUUUAAUCUGGGAGACGUCGAAAUGACAAUCCGGCUAAGAAGGGGGCCAUCCGGUACACAGGUCGCAGGAAUAAAGCUUCCGGUAGAUGCUGCCGACAAAGCAUUGAAAAUCGGCAAAGUUAAAGUCGGUUGGUCGGUGUGCUCACUGAGCCUCUCUCAGCAACCAGAGGUGUGCUUCAGGUGCCAAGAGUUUGGCCAUCUGGCACGAAAUUGUAAAGGUCCAGAUAGAUCGAAACUUUGUAGAAGGUGUGGAGAGGAUGGCCACAAAGCGCAAAGCUGCAAAAAGCCACCGAAAUGCCUAAUCUGUAGGAAUGAUGGAUGUAGAGACCACGUUACUGGCGGUCAGAAAUGUCCAGCGUAUAAACAGGCGAUUUCUGGUAAAUCACAGUGGAGGUAA